AAAUUUCGAGAGUCCAUUGAUAGCAGCUCCGACAUGUCUUUGAACGGUGGUAUAUUCCGAGCCCGUAAGCGUCCCAAUACGGCUGUUUCGGUGUCGGAAGUUUCUACCACUACUAUCUCCACCUCUAGUGGGUUCCCUUCUACAAAAUCGGCACGAGAGUUGACCAAAAACACGAAGUACUGUGUUUCCAAGCUUCCUGCAGUUCCAUCUGUGUUAGAGCCGACUUCUUCUAGUUCUUCGGAGGUGUUUAAUGCUUAUUCUGAUCAUGAAUCUAACUACUCUCUUGUAGUUAAUGAGAAGACGAUCAAUGUAUGGAGCUAUAAAUCCACAGAUCCUGCUCCUCUUGCCAUCCAAUUCCCCGUGGAAUCACUUGAAAAUGAGCUAUCGCUAUUGCCGUUGGCCAUUUUGACCAAGCCGUCAAGCGGAACGAGCCAAGAUCCUGGUUUGGCGAUUUUAUACUCUUCCACAGGUAGAAUAAAGUUUUAUGAAAGCGUACAACAUGCUCCCGCAUUGGGUCUUAUCAACGACAAGUCGCUUGAAUUGACAAUCCCAAUCAAUAGCAAGAAGGGAGAAUACAUUACUUUGGCCGAAAACGUUGAACCAGCAGGUAUCAUCGUAGCUACGUCAUGGAAGAGAUGUGUCUUAAUUUCGUUACGAGACUUCAAGAGUAAACCGCAUUUGUCGAGCGUGGAAUUGUUAGGUCCAAACAGCUCACCUAGAUUAUUUCUUUCAUCUGUAUUGUUUGGAAAUUCUUCGGGAGCUUCUGAGGACGAAAUAGUGAGCAUCAAGUCAGGUAAGAUAACCAACCAUGGUAUGACUCAGGAAAUUGUCAUUCAAGAUUCGGCUGGAAAUUUCGAUUAUUUCACCUACCAGAUGUUGUCUGCAAACGGUUCGCCUUAUAUCGACAAAAAGAAGUCGUUUAGAUACAAUUUGGUAUCGGCUGUAGAGAACAGUGUAGAUGGAUUCUUACCAGGGGCGUCAUUGAACUGCAAGUUCUUGGACUUGUGGCCCCUCUUACUGCAAGAAAACAUAUAUCUUUGCUUAUGUGACGUUGAUGAAUUCAACAGCAAUAGUGGAUCGAAGAACUUGAUGCUCUUGACUAUCAAGAUAGAUGCUACGGGAGUAUUGCUUUAUGGAACUCACAAAUUGAUGAGAUAUGAGCCUCAGCAGAUAGCUUCCUCUACCAACAAACCCAAAUUGUUUCUUCCAAGUCCGGGAAAUACUGCUUUUGUCACUAUUGACAAUUCAAUAAUACUCACAGAUAUAGAUACGUCUUACAUUCAAAGUCCAACUACAUUUUCAUACUACAAACCCAGAUGGGAAGAUGUGAUAAGAUUGAAGUCCUCGGUGGAAACAAUUGGAUUUGGCUACGAAAACAAGUCUGCAGACAACUCUAAUAAAUCCAACCCAGCACUUAUCAUUAUAACCAAGAACUUUGGAGUCUUGAGAAUAGAGAGAUUUUCAGAAGAAGAUGAUAAAUCAGAAAGCAAGGAUCCUACAGAUCCACUUUCCAUCGUGAAGUCACAUAUUGAGCAGGCUAUCUUCUACGCGAAGUCUCCUGAAAUUGAAUUCGACAUCUAUAGAGAAGUUCCUCAGAGUGUCGUAUUGCUAGCAAUUGAAAGUGUCGUCACCGAAAUUAUCAACUCGACGUCACCAUAUCUACCAGCUUUUUUGCCUUCUAUUUCAGAGAUGUUGUUACAGAAGUCAAAAUUAUACCAAGAGUUGAUUACUUUUUCCAACAGGAACUUCACAGGUAUCAGUUCCAAAAUAAUACCCAAAAUAGUGGAAUUUUUGGAAAAGGUAGAGGCAGCAUUAAACUUGUGGUUGUACAUUGAUGAGCAACAAGAUCCGGAAUUGAGGAAGGUAUUGGAGGCUGUAGUUUUAGAAUCCAAUACUAUCUCCUUGUCAGAAAACGAUGAAGUUUUGAGAACCUUCUUCAGUAAAGGUGUACAGAAUAUAAACCCUGUUUUCACAAACUUAACUGAACGUUUGGUUGAUAACGGAAACUCAACUUCAAACAUUGUCGAUCUCAUUGUUAAAGUUUUGUAUAAUGGUGUCUACCAAAUCGAGGCCAAGUACUUGUUGAACCAUCUGGAAUAUCCAGUAAUAAAGUCGUGGAUUUAUGACACUGACUUAGUUGUCAGAAUUGAAGAUAUUUUUACCAGUGAAUAUUGCAAGGAUGUCAUAUUAACUCAGCAACGUCAAGCCAACCUUAUCAAGUUUGUGGAAGUCUUAUACUAUUUUGUCACAAUUGCAAUCAGAUACAUGCAACGUUAUGAUCAACAUAGUGAGAGUCUCAGUGAUUACUCGAAAUGGUACAAAUCUAGAAGACAUGCCUGGAUAAAUGUUCUCUUGAAGAAUGCAUUGGUAGAUGAUGCUCUUUCUGUAGCAGAGAGCUACAGAGACUUUUCGUCUGUGGCAUUUAUCUUGGAUACCGAAAAAGAAAAGGGAGAUAAUGAAGAGGACAUCAAUUCCAAGUAUGGAUACUAUUUCGAUACAUACGGUUAUGAAUUCGCCUCUAGUUUGUAUGACUACUAUUUGAAGAAUGAUAAAAUUCAACCACUUUUGUUGGGAUUCACAAACUACAAGAACUAUCUCGACCAGUAUUUGGAAAAGGGAACCAUCAAGACAUCAUCAGUAGCAUGGAUACGCUAUUUGUUGGAUCUGGAAUUUUCCAAGGCUUCUGAUUCUCUCACUAGGGCUGCUACCCACAAAGUAGAUGAGAAUAUUGAAAAUAGAGAAUUCAAGUAUUCUCUUGCAAAGCUUGCUACAAUUGCAGCAAGCAACGGUUCUGGCAAUUCCAGAGCCACUCAGGAAAAACUUCAGCUAGCAGAAAACAACUUGAUUGCAAUUAGAAGUCAAAGAGCACUCUUCAAGGCUUUGGUUGGCGAAGAGCAAUUCAAGGUUCUUACUUACGACUUCGCCAAGCGCUUUUAUACAAACGCAUCUGUGGAAAACGAAACCAAAGAUAGGAUUCUCGAAGGCUCUUUCACACAAUUAGUGGAAAACAGGCCUAUCUCGAACUCAGACUUGAUCAACUGGUUGACGUUAUUGAAGCCAUCGGCACUUGACAACAAUAAUUUCACUCUUGCACUCAAGGUUGCUUCUGUCGAAGUAAAUGAAUCGAGAUACCAGUACCUUAUCAAAUUGAUUUGGCUAAGGUUGUUAGUUAUUGGUGACGACUGGAGUCUGUUGCACAAGGACUUGAUAUCCAGCUCCGAUUCUCAAUCGAAGCAGAAGAUAAGAAAAACUGUAUUGUUCCAUACUCUUGUAGAAAUUGGCUUGGAUGCCAAAUUAGUUGAACAAAUGCAUACCUUGUUGAGGAAAGGUCAGAUUGAUGAUGAGAUCGAAGAUGAUAUUAAUGUCAGAGAACAUACUAGCUUGUUGUUGGCAAAAUUAACUGAUUACCGCGAGGAAUACAAUUUCCAAUCGUGGGUUGAAUCCGUACAACAGGAAGUGAAGAACUCGUCAAAUCAUCAAUAUUAAAAGUUGUAUAUUACAGAAUUAGAUUACGUUAAUAAACUGGCAUUUCAUUACUUAUUUU